CCGUGGCCUCCUGAGCAAAUCCCAUCUCAAGCAAUUCUAGAAUCAGAGCAUCCGGCCCAAAAAUGGCUUCCUCUAAGCUUAGAAGCUCAUGUUCUUUCCCAAAUCUUCUCCUCUCAUGCUUGAAUUUCACUCUCUUCAUCCUCUCCACAGCCUCUCUAGCUCCCACAAUUCUCCUCAGAAUGCCUCCAACAUCAAUGGGUGUGGCAUUACUCAUGGUCUCCUUCAUCUCCAUGCUCUCUUCUUUUGUGGGCUUCUAUUCUCAGCUCACCCACUUCUGUUUCAUAACUCACAUUUCGCUUCUCCUCGCCUCUGUAAUCGGACAACUACUCAGCAUUUUGGCCUUGUUUACAGAAGAGAAAUCCAGCAUUUCCUCGCUCAAGUCGACAAGGGACCCGAAAGAGGCAAAGCUUUUGGUGAGGUUGGAAUGUGGGAUUUUGAUGGCAAUGUUUCUGCUGCAGUUGGUGGUGCUGGUAUUGAGCUGUGCAGUGCAUAGCUGCUGGGUGAGAGAGUAUGAGGGACUAGAAGCCGAGAGAGAGGCAACCGCGAGGAAGAGGAGUAGGAGGGUUGUGAAAGUGCAAGAAGAAUCCAUGGCCAAUGCAGCCAAAAUUGCAGAGAUUAAGGCCAAAGAGUUGGACGAUAAAAUGAAGGGAAAGUAUGUGCAGUGGGUUAAGACUGAUUUUGAAGGCUAAGGUUGUGUUCUUUUAAUCAUGUUUAGAUGGUACAAGAGGGUGUUUCGUCGUUUGUUACUGUUUCUUUGGGUCACUUUUGUUGUGGCCAACGAGUGUGUAGUGGUGUCAACCUGGGAUUAGGAUCAAGAAAUUCGAGCAGCAAACGAGAGAGAGAGGAGACCUUGGAUCGUGAGAUGUCCGGGAAGCUGGCCUAAAACCCAGGCUACCCAAAACCUGGGAUAUUCUCUCUUAUUUUUUGUGCGAAUUUUCUAGAAUUCCGACAGAAUUUCAAGAGAUCCUGUCUGUGAAAUCUAUGGGCUGUUUCUUUGGGAUGUGUAGUAGUAGCAAUGUACUAUUGUUCCUAUUGCUUUGUGAAGUAUUAACAAUUCUCAGUUUGCCUUCA